UCGAAGCCCAAGUACCCUCGUCCCAGACCAAUAUACCCACAACACCGCCAAAAUGAGUGUUAUGCCAGUUAACCCCCGACCGAUGCUACAAUCGCUUGUGAACGAAGAAGUAGUAGUGCGCCUCAAGUGGGGACAAACCGAAUACAAAGGCAUCCUCGUCUCCAUCGACAGCUACAUGAACAUCCAACUCACCAACACGGAGGAGUUCAUCGACCAGAAGCUGACUGCCGCGCUCGGCCAGGUGCUGAUAAGGUGCAACAACGUGCUGUGGAUCCAGGCUGCGCCGACGGGCAAGGAGGGUGGCGGGGAUACGAAGAUGGAGGGAUGAGUGGGAGGGAUGUUGGGCGCGGAUUUUUUCGGAACUUGCAUGGGAAGACGGACAGACAUGCACCUGGGAUGGGAUGUUGGACAUGCGAGGGGUUCUGGCGGGGAGUGGGAAAUAUUAAGGAAGGGCAGAUACCAUAGGUGGUGAAUUGAGGCCGGGGUAUGGCGUUACGACUGAGCA